UGCCCCAAUCUCCUCCCCCCGGACUCUCUUCCUGUCUCGCUGCUGGCCUGUCAGCGCCAUGUUAUUGCUCUGACACUGCGGCUCCGGCAACAGGUCGGAGAGGGAAUCGCGGUGCCGCGCUGCGGGCGGAGGUGGCCGGCUGGGCCGCCGUCACUCUCGGGCUCGGAGGAGGUGCGGAACCCAGGAGCCGUUGUAUCAAAAUCCGUUGGUUGUCCAUUUCCGAUGAUGACGUAAUCUGUGCGGGAGGAGUUUUAUAGUGAAAAAGCCGUUGCACUGGAGCAAUUCCACUUUCUAGGCCUCAAAAAUCUUGCUUCAGUGGUACAAAAAAUCAUCACGACUGGAGACUUCCUCAGCUGCAGUGGAAAGCCAUGACACCAUCUGUGUCCUGUCAUACUGUUUGUUCUCCACAAAGUGUUGCAACGCCGCCUUCUUGACUGUUGGAUCUUGUAGUUGAUCUCAUCUGGCUAGUCCACCGGAACUGGCUUCACAUGCUGGUGUAGACACAUCCCGAUCUCACUGGGGUUUGGAGGUUCCCAGCCACCCUCACCUGGAUUGAUGAUCUGCAUGCAACAGUAGCCACACUGCUUCGACAGACUGGCUAAUCCAGAUGGCCAGUAGCUAGCAAGACGUGGUCAUGACCAUGAUGGCUCAGUUUCCUAUGGCCAUAAAUGGUGGCCCUAAUACGUGGGCAAUCACCUCAGAGGAACGAGCCAAGCAUGACCAGCAAUUCAUAAGUCUUAAACCACUUGGAGGAUUACUUUCAGGUGAGCAAGCUCGUACUUUCUUUCUGCAAUCUGGUUUACCAAAGCUCGUACUAGCUGAAAUAUGGACCCUUGCCGAUUUGAACAAGGAUGGAAAGAUGGACCAGCAGGAAUUCUCCAUUGCAAUGAAACUGAUCAAGAUGACCCUUCAGGGUCACCCAGUUCCCAACAUUCUUCCUGUUGUCAUGAAACAGCCCCCAAUUGCAUCACCUUUGAGCUCUGCACGAUUUGGGAUGGGAAGUAUGCCAAAUCUGUCUAUCCCACCAAACGUGCCUUCGUUUGCUUCUUUGGCUCCAACGUCAUCAUUGACAUCAGCAUCCACCUUGCCACCUCUGAAUAUGUCAGUUCCCCUGAUGCCUGCUGUUAGUUCAUCAGUCUUUUCCAGUAAUACAUCUGUCCUCAUUCAACCUUUAUCUGCACAAAGUUCUGCAACACUUCCUCAUACCGGACCACUGAGACAUACGAUAGCAGGAUAUGCAGGCACUGGUCUUCAAAAGGCACAGUCAUUGAUUGACCUUGGCUCCAGCAGCAGUUCAUCAUCAUCCACUACAUCUCUUGCUUCUCCUAAAAUUAGUUCCUCUGACUGGGGAGUUCCUCAGUCUAGCAGGCUCAAAUAUCGACAGACCUUCAACAGCCUUGAUAAAUCCAUGAGUGGUUACUUGUCAGGUCCUCAAGCCAAGAAUGCACUUGUUCAGUCCAAUUUGUCACACAGUCAACUAGCCACCAUAUGGAACCUGGCAGAUGUUGAUCGGGAUGGAAAGCUCAGAGCAGAAGAGUUUAUUUUAGCUAUGCAUUUAAUUGACAUGGCUAAGGCCGGUCAGCCGCUUCCCAUCACUCUGCCCCUAGAACUGACGCCUCCUUCAUUUAGAUCAAGCAAAUGGGGUGAAGGAAUAAAUGGAACACAACCUCAAUAUCAGGAAAUAGCAGAGGAAACUCAGGAAGCCCAGAAAAAGUCACCUGUCACUUUCGAGGAUAAAAGAAAAGCGAACUACGAAAAGGGUAAUGCAGAGUUGGAGCGUAGGCGGCAGACCCUUCUGGAACAGCAGCAGCGAGAGGCUAAUCGCAGAGCACAGCGUGAGAAGGAGGAACAGGAAAGAAAGGAGCGAGAGCAGCAGGAGCAAGAACGGAAAAAGCAGCUGGAAAUGGAGAAAAGGUUGGAGAAGCUGCGUGAGCUUGAGCGUCAAAAGGAAGAACAGAGGAGGAAGGAAGUCGAAAAGCGAGAGGCGGCAAAGCAGGAACUAGAACGGCAGCGACAGAUUGAAUGGGAGCGAAUCCGGCGACAGGAACUCCUUAAUCAACGGAACCGAGAACAAGAUGAGAUUGUGCAGUUAAAGGCUAAAAGGAAAAGUUUGGAACUUGAACUGGAGGCAUUAAGUGAGAAGCAGCGAAAUGUUGCAAGCAAAGUGCAGGAAGUGAAGAGCAGAAAAGAAGUUCAAGAAAAUGAACUUAAUCUCAUAAAUCAGAAGCAUGAUCAGAGGAGAACAGAAGUGAAUGUUUUGCAGCAACAACUUCAGGAAUGUCAGAGUACGUUAAAUCAGCUAAUUCCUAUGAAGCAGGCAUUGAACAACCAAAUAAAAGAAUUUCAGCCCAACUCUAAUCAAAGCCUUGUGCUGUUGAAGCAUAGCCACACUGAAAAGAGAGAAUCUUGUGAACGGCUUCGCCAACAACUGAAGGAACUAGAGAAAGAAACAGCAGACAAACUUUCUGAAAUGGAUGCUUUUAACAGCCAACUGAAGGAACUACGGGAAAGCUACACCAAACAGCAGUUUGCUUUGGAGCAGCUCUAUAGAAUCAAAGAUGAUAAAAUUCGAGCACUUGAAAGAAAAAGAAGUGAAGAGUUGGCAAGGAAAAGAAAGGAAGAGGAAGAUGCUUUGAGAAAAGCAAAACAAGAUAAGGAAAAUAUUUGGAAAUUAAAUGUCAGGAGAGAAGAAGAGAUAAAGCAACGGAAGCUGGAGGAAGAACGACUUCAAGAUAAAAUCCGAGAGGAAGAAAAUCGGAAAAACGAAGAAGCUGCUGCCAAGCAAAGGGAAGUGGAAGCACAAAGUAAAAAACUUGCCGAGGAGAAGCAACGGCAUGAAGAGGAGCAGAAGAAAAGGCUUGCCCAGCUUCAAAGGGAAGCCGAGGAGAAGCACCGUCAUGAGGAAGAAGAAAAGAAGAGAUGUGCACUGCUUCAAAGAGAGGCAGAAGAAAAGCGUCGUCUUGAAGAGGAAAUGAAAAGGAAAGCUCAGGUUCAAAGAGAAGAGGAGGCAAAACAGCAUGAAGAGGAAGAAAAAAGAAGAAAAGAAGCCAUGAAACAAAGUGAGUCUGAGAAACCUCAGGGAAGGACUGAUGUACAAAUUAAAGCCAAAGACAUAAUGAAACACUUUGAUGAUAAGCCAAUAUAUGGAUCAAGGAAAGAAGUGCCAAUCAACAAAAGUAAGAACUCCGUGCAUAGAAAGUCUGCUAUCUUGACAAACUACCGAGCAUUAUAUCCAUUUGAAGCAAGAAAUAAUGAUGAACUCAGCUUUCAGACUGGUGAUCUGAUAGAGGUUGAUGAAACAGCUGAGGGGGAGUCAAGCUGGCUGUAUGGAACUUUGCAAGGAAAAGUUGGUUGGUUCCCAGUAAACUACGUGGAGAAGGUGACAGAGAAUGCAGCUUCUUUGUCUCCCAAAAAGGCUUUAUUGCCACCAUCAAAACCCGUUUCAGCUACCUCAGUUUCUCCUGGACCUCAAGCCCCAAGUAAAGUAGGUGAAGAAGGGAAUAUUCAAUCAAGUCGAGCCUUUGCAGGGAUAAGUGGCAGUCCCAUGUGGCAAAAAUCUGCUUUUACACCAACUCUUCCUCCAGGUUCUGGGUCACCUAUUUAUGACCAGGUUGAAGGUGUUCAAGCUUUUAAGGCCCUGGCACUCUGUUCAUGGACAGCAAAGAAAGAGAAUCAUUUGAAUUUUUCGAAAGAUGAUGUGAUUGAUGUGCUGGAAAAGCAGGAUAACUGGUGGUUUGGAGAGGUUCGUGGUGCAAAGGGUUGGUUUCCCAGGUCAUAUGUCAAGGUGAUCAGUGAACAAGCACAGCUAUCAGUGGAAUCUGGUCCUGUUUAUGCAUCAGUGGUUAAAAGCUCCAGCCCUAUAUCCCAGGCAGUAGAAGAGUAUAUUGCACUAUAUUCGUAUGAAAGCACUGAAACUGGAGAUUUAGUCUUCAAUGCGGGUGAGGUGAUUCUGGUCACCAAGAAAGAUGGAGAAUGGUGGACAGGAGUUAUUGAUGAUAGAACAGGUGUCUUUCCUUCAAAUUACGUGAAACCAAAGGAUCCAGAUGGAUCAAGUAGUUCAGGAAAAUCAGGGACAUUAAACAAGAAACCAGAGAUCGCUCAAGUAACCUCGGCAUACACUGCAACAGGUACUGAGCAGCUAAGUCUCGUCCGUGGCCAGUUGAUACUUAUUUUGAAGAAAAAUGCAUCUGGGUGGUGGCAGGGUGAAUUGCAGGCCAGAGGUAAAAAGCGGCAAAAGGGAUGGUUUCCUGCAAGUCAUGUUAAAUUACUGGGGCAAAGUAGUGGAAAAUCCACACCAGCUCCACCUCCAGUCUGUCAGGUCAUAGCAAUCUAUGACUAUACUGCUGUGAAUGAAGAUGAACUUAGUUUUUCCAAAGGUCAGCUUAUUAAUGUGAUAAACAAGGAUGAUCCAGACUGGUGGCAGGGAGAAUUAAAUGGAAUGAAUGGCUUAUUCCCUUCCAAUUACGUCAAGACAACCGUAGAGUCUGAUCCAAGUCAGCAGUGGUGCGCUGAUCUCUAUUGCCUUGAUACCAUGCAACCUAUGGAAAGAAAACGCCAAGGUUACAUACAUGAACUGAUUCAGACUGAAGAGAGGUACAUGGAUGAUUUGCAACUGGUUUUGGAGGUUUUUGAGAAACCAAUGGCAGAAUCCAAGCUUCUGACAGAGUCUGAGCUGCGAACCAUUUUCGUGAACUGGAAAGAACUCAUCAUGUCGAACACCAAACUCUUGAAGGCUCUACGUGUGAGGAAGAAGAUUGUUGGGGAGAAAAUGCCCGUGCAGAUGAUUGGAGAUAUCCUGACCACAGAACUGUCGCACAUGCAGGCUUACAUUCGGUUUUGUAGUUGCCAACUGAAUGGAGCAUCUAUACUUCAGCAGAAAACUGACGAAGAACCAGAUUUUAAGGAUUAUCUAAAGAAAUUGGCUUCUGACCCUCGAUGUAAAGGGAUGCCUCUUUCCAGUUUCUUACUAAAGCCAAUGCAGAGAAUUACACGUUAUCCACUUAUUAUUAAAAAUAUUUUGGAAAACACUCCAGAGGUCCAUGCAGACCAUAGCCAUUUAAAGUUAGCAUUGGACCGUGCAGAAGAGCUGUGUUCCCAGGUAAAUGAAGGUGUGCGUGAGAAGGAAAACUCUGACCGGCUAGAAUGGAUUCAGUCACAUGUUCAGUGUGACGGGCUAGCAGAGCACAUUACCUUUAACUCCAUAACAAAUUGUUUGGGGCCACGGAAGCUGCUGCACAGCGGAAAGCUUUACAAAACGAAGAGCAACAAAGAGUUAUAUGGCUUCCUUUUCAAUGAUUUCCUGCUGCUCACCUACAUUGCAAAGCAGUCAUUUAUUUCAUCGGGCUCUGAGAAACUAUUCAGCUCUAAGUGUAAUUCACAGUUUAAAAUGUACAAAACGCCUAUUUUCUUGAAUGAAGUUCUUGUGAAACUACCGACUGAUCCAUCAAGUGAUGAUCCAGUCUUCCAUAUUUCGCACAUUGAUAGGGUGUACACACUCAGAGUGGAAUCUUUAAAUGAGAGGACUGCCUGGGUUCAAAAGAUUAAAGCAGCUUCAGAACAGUUUAUAGAGACAGAGAAAGGAAAACGUGAAAAAGCUUAUCAAGCACGUUCACAGAAGACAAGUGGAAUUGGACGGCUUUUGGUGAGCAUUAUUGAGGCAACCGAACUGAAACCCUGCAGAGCAAAUGGAAAGAGCAAUCCUUACUGUGAAGUCACCAUGGGAUCCCAAUGUUACACAACCAGAACUCUGCCAGAUACUUUGAACCCAAAGUGGAACUUUAACUGCCAGUUUUUUAUCAAGGACCUUUACCAGGAUGUAUUGUGUAUCACAGUCUUUGAAAGAGAUCAAUUUUCACCUGAUGAUUUCCUUGGUCGGACAGAGGUCCCUGUGGCAACAAUCAAAAAGGAGCAAGAAGGCAAGGGACCAACCACAAAACGCCUUCUUUUGCAUGAAGUGCCAACAGGGGAGGUAUGGGUGCGUCUUGAUCUUCAAUUAUAUGAACAGAAGACAUUACUUUGAAGCUUAAGCUUCAAAAUUUUGUGAAUUUUGAAUGCUCAAUGAGUAAAAUUGUGUCAUUGGUCAAUGGAUGGCAGAAUUAGAAACAGUUUUUUCUAGAAUUCCCAAGAAAGCCUAACAAAUGAAACCUCAACCAAAAUACACUGUGAUACUCAGCCAUACUCAUUGCCAAUGAGGUGCCAGCCUUGUCAUUGUGAUUGAAAUAAUGAGUUUCUGCUGUUUUUUUUUGCCAUUCUGGGUCUGGUUUCCUUGUUACUAAAACUGUUCACAAGAAAUCACUAAAGAAAUGUAAUGCAGAUUUCAUCAUUUUGGGCAAUGAGCUAAUCAGAUUACCUCCCCUCUUGUUGAGGACAACCCUAUUUCCUGCUUGGAACUGCUCAUGGCAAACUGGAGAACGACUUUACUUUUAACUUUUGUUUGAAGGUAAUGAAUAUCGAGAAUUCAAGUAAUUCAAAAGCCAUUCACUUAUUCUGUUGUACUUUCCAAAGCAUGCAUAUUCUGAAUUGUCUUGUACUCUCCUUUUGUAACCGUUAAAGUUUAGUUCUCAAAGCAAUUUUGAAUGGAAUGGAAUUCUAGGCUGAAGCCCAAAUUUAUUCAGCUUUAUUUUCAAGUGAAUCACUGUUGAAAAGCAAAACUGAUAAUGUUUUUAAAAAGUUUUAGAAAGGUGCAUGCAGGAUAUUUGCUGGAGACGUAAACUCUCUUUAUAAGAGUUAAAAUCUGUGAGAAGACCCUAGUUAGUGAACAGGAGCAGUAAGUUUUGUGGAACUUUUUGUCACAUGGUAUAAAGGUAUUUGUCCAAUACAUGAAAAAUGCAGUGCAUGAAUAACUCUAUCUUGGGACUAGUUUUGAUUAUAAUUAGCAGUAAAGUACAUAAUACAACUUCCCUCUUUGCCUUAGUUCAGGUGGCUUGUAAGUCGACAGGCUUCUGAAAAAAUAUUUUUUGUAGUCAUUCAUUCAUUCAUUAAAAUAUUUUGUCAUAUCUGGAAGGACAUAGGAACUAUACCAAUAUUUUGUGCAAUUCAGUCGAUUUUAUAUGGUAAUGAAAAUAUUUUUGCAUUCAGUGGUGUAACUUUGAAAUUUAAGACCUUAUAAAGGAAAGUAUUAAAUCAGACCAAAUUUGAUGACCAGUUUCUCAGAUGCCAGCUUAAUAAUUUGUUUAUAUCUGCACAUAUACAUUCUCGAUCAAGUCAUUAAGAUGCUUAUUUCAUAUAUAUGAGCCAUCAUUCGACUAAUUACCAGAAAACCUUUAUGGGUAGAUUGAGAGAAUGAUUAAAGAGAACAGGUGGGAGGCUGAAACCAUAUUUCAUCCAUUGUUCUUGUAUUUUUACUUGAGAAAUCACAGUUCAUCAGAUCUUCAGCAAAUUACUUUCAUGUGCUAAAGAUAAAACAACAAUAAAUGGUUAUAUCAAGGUAAAAAACAUGUUGAAAUUGUCUGGCACAUUUUGAAAAUGAUUUGGAAGGACAGAUUUAUAGUUUGGAUAGUUAGACCUAUUUUUUUCCACUUCUCUCUGAUUUGCUGAUUGACCAAUUCCAUUUUCAGAAAUUAUUUAAUAUACAGAGAGAGUUCUUGUGCUCAUAGAGUGUGCUUAUGCACCAAAGCUUAGUAUUUCCUUUAUCUCUUUUUUUAUUGAUGUUAUGGAGUCUCAAAGAUCAUUAAAUUUAAUUGAUUUUGUUCUUAAGUUUUCUACUCAUGAGAGAUGAGCAGUGGUAAAAUAAACCUAUGUUCCUGCAGAGGUGCAGUGGUUUUUCAAAUCAUUCAUUUAUCCUUCAUUCCACCGUUAUAAAUGUACCUUGAACUUAUUGAUACAAUUUUUAAAUUUCCUAUUUGUAUUUUAUUUUUUUAUUUAAAAAGCUAUUAACUUUAUAAUGGUGCUGGUAUUGUAUUUUGAUAAUGCAGUCUAGUAUCACUGUACUGUGAAUGUGGUGGUCAGUUAUAUUGGAAUAUAAUAUAGAAAGUUACAUUUUCCAGCUUAGGCCCUUAAGAACACUAUUUAAAAUCUCCCGUUGUUGUUUUGUGAGUUUUGGAGAAUUGUUUAGCCGGAUUUAGUGCAAGUGUUCUAUAUGUUCAUUUGUGUGUGCAAUAAAGGGUACAAUAAUUCAAAUCUUAGAAAUCAUGAUUGCCACAGGUAGCAAUACAUGCAACUUUUUUGUUCUAGUAAUAUGGAUUUCCCAUUGUACCAUGCAAAACAAAUAGUUUCAUAUGAAAACCACAAUACUGACUGUUCAUAUAUGUAAGGCUUACUCUAUCUCCAUACAGAAGAAACAGUGAAAAACAUCAUUUAAGCUAAGGUGUUAGUUUCGUUUUUUUGCCUCAAAGGGAGUCAUGGAAUGACAGAUGUGUGUUUCAAUAGAAGUAAAAGUAU